GAAAGACUGCCAUGGGCAGGUUGAUGGCCUACGCCGGCAUAUAAUGUUACUAUAAUCCAUGAGACUGGCUCGUAUAUCGUAUACCUCAACGUGACGUAGUGGAGCCUAAUGUUUCUGCGCCUGAUAUCCAGGAUAACAUGGUUCGAUCAUACGACUGAUAACAUUGGCUUUCAGAUAGAAAUUUGAGUUCCACAAAAGGUUCGAAACACGGAAUCCGCGAGUUCUGUUGCGUUAAUAUGUAAGGAUAGGGUGGACCUUUAUGCCCACUGUCCGUUAUGGCGACGAUUGUUGGUUUGGUGUGCGGGCAAUUGUCACCGCGGCCGAGUGACAGGGGUGAGUAAGAGGUACAAAGUUACUUUCCCAUAUAUCUUCAUACAGCAGCGAAUCCAAAAGUUGUUCGUUUUGGUGUCUAACGCCUCGCUUCGUAUUAUUGAGCCAAGAUUCUAUAUCACGCCACUUCUCUCGGUCUCGUCGGUUAUAUGGCCCUCAUCCGCACUUGCCACGUCGCCUGUCAACGGAAUAAAACUAUCUCUUUUCUAACUGUGGCGAGAUACUUUAGUCGGCAGAGGGCUGUUUGGGUCAACGAGGCGAGUAAUGCAAAAUACCUGUCUUGUAGGGAACACAGACUUCUCCCAAAUUGCUAAAUCCCGAAUAAAAACGCUGCGCGGUGAAACAACGUACUACCAUACGUUCACAUCGAGCCAUAACACUGGUGGUGUUGAUAAACUUAUCAGAUGUUUUCAUCCCCGAAAGUCGACUUGCGGAUCCGCACUGGGGAACGCUGUUCACGAGAUAAUUCCUGGUGUGGGCCUCCUUUCCAUGUUGUUUAUGCAGGAAUAUCGGAGCUGGUAAGACAGGGCUCGGACAGCAAGGUCGUACUUGCCAUUCGCAAUGCCACACAGCUGGUGGACUUCUUCGACUAUAAUGUGAUAGUUCAGGGCGCCCAUGUACCUUCCUUCGCGACGAGCGAGUUCAUAUCCUAUUUACGACGAUAUGCGACCAAGAAUGGAGAGAAGAUAAUAGCCGUGGCCUUGCCGCAAACUCUUGCCCACAGAUGGCCAUCACUAUGCUCGUUUCUCUGGAAAGACCUUGAUGUUGUCCCUUUGGUGCUGGAAUGUAAGGACCAUUUUAGGCAGCAAGAUGAGCCCGGCGAGCUCGCUACGUUUUUGGGUUGGGAGAGAAAGGAGCUCGAUGAACAGGCGGAUUCAAUGGCGCGGAAAUGUUUACGGUCAUUUGGUAUCGGGCAUGUCCUUCACAACCAUAUCUGUGCCGACGGGAUGGUGGAGGUUGACAAGCGCUUUUGUGUACACGUUGGGGAUAAAGGAGAUUACCAGGAGACUGUGCACCCUGAUACAUGGAAUGUUGUCCAGAAAUUUGCAAACGACCUGAUAGAGAGGAAGAUUAAAAUAGCAUUUUUCAGUAUGACAUGUGAGGGAAAGCCUGAUGUGCAUACCAGACACGCUUUGGUCCGAUUCUCCCACAAACUUGGAGUAGAUACCAAAUGGUAUGUCCCGAAGCCACGGCCCAGUAUUCUUCGAAUCGUGAGGAAGAUGGAGUAUGUCAUGGAAGGCUUAACUGGACCGGAAGAAUACCUUGCAACGGACGAUGAGCUACGGCUCCUGGAGUUCGCCUAUGAAAAUGCUAGACGGUACUGGUUAGCAGAAAACGGGCCCCUACGGCCUCGCUCAGAAGGUGGCGCAGACGUGGUUAUAAUUGAUAGUGCACCCCUCUUGACGUUGGCACUGCUAUCAAAGCAAUGUGACCCGCAAAGACCAGUUAUUUUUGAAAAUAGAUCGCACGUCCAGCAACCGCGAUUGCUGGAAGAUUCGACAAGCCCACAGACUAGAGUGUGGGAAUUUGUGAAAACAAGGCUAAAGCACGUCGACAUUCUAGUCUCCCAACUGCCUCGUGAACUGACACCAUCCAUCAUGUCGGAUAGGUGUGUUGGGUAUAUACCAGUUACAGUGGACCAAUUUGACGGGCUGAAUAAAAGUCUUGCGGCCGAGGACAUCACCUUCUACGGACGGGAGUUCCACUCUUUAUGCAGGGUGUUGGGAUCCUCUACCAUAUCGUAUCCUGACGAGCAAUAUAUUCUCCAUCUCUCACGGUUACGGCUAGGAGACGGAACUAUUCCUCUGCUCGACGCCUACGCCACAUUCUGCAAGAGAUAUAUGGAAGUGCACCAGGGUGCACCCCCGCCUAAGCUGCUAAUUUGUCACCAUGGCCCAUCUAACAGCCCGGAAAACUGGCUCACAUAUGACCACUUGCUGGCACAUAUCAACACUAAAAUGGAGGACCUUGCACAUCGCGUUUGUGUUGUGCAGGUUGGCCCCCAAGACCAGAUGUGGAAUACUCUCCUUACACAGGCUCGUGUUCUCGUUCAACUCUCCAUGGUCCAUGGAAUACCAGAGGUCCUUCUAUGGGCUCUCCAAAAGAGGAAGCCUGUAAUCGCUAGCAGAGAAGCAAGGCUAUUUUCGUUCUUAGACAAGAUGCAAAACGCUUUACUAGUUGAUAAUGGGGACAUCGACACUGUCUCACAACAUUUAUUCCAUCUUUUCACCGAUAAAGAACUCUACGCACGAGUCAUUUCAGAUGCCCCACAAAGACUGCCAGAUAACCUGACUACGGUUGGCAAUGCAUCUGCUUGGAUGUUCCUGGCCUCGAAGGUGUCCCGUCCGGGUACCUUUGAGCCAAAUGGGGAAGAUAUAGAUAAGUUAGCACGCCAGGAGGCAGGGCCGUAUACUUGAAAUGUUCCAUGAAU